CCGGCUGUUACUUUCCGAGCGCGUUUUCACCACCAUUGUUCGAAAUCCUCUUUAGACCAUGACUGCCCCGAGACUGUCCGUUGCGCACGAAAUUAUUUGAGCGUAUUUGGCUAUAAUUCAUCGCAGGUGUCGACUCGCUGAGCAAGCAAUUCGUGCGGCUCUGCGAAUUUACGUUAAUUUCCACGAGACGGGCCACGUGCGCCGCUAUAGGAGUUCCGAAACGGAGGAAGUGGAAGCGGCCGGUUAAAGUCAGACAAGCGUACGUAUGCGCCGCUACUGCAGCGAGUCUGUAUUCUCAGUCAUAAGAUUAAAGAUUUAAAUGGCGAAAAAGGUAUUUCUGUUCAUCUUGCUUGUAUUAUAUCGUUGGAAAGAUGAAAGUUUCGCUUCCAGACAGAGAAGACAGAUAUUAUAUCCACCGCCGAUUGUCUAUCCAUAUGGAGGAACAUUCAAGCUCAUCGUGGGAUAUGCAGUGCCCGUAGAACUCGCGGGCAGAACUUUGGUUUACGGGCAGAAUUUUCAGUUCCAAUACGUCUUGCCGCAGAACGCGACCUUCUUCACGGAGUUCUUCAAAAAUUCGUCACGACGACGUCGCGAAAGUGUUAACUGGGACGAAAGGUUCACUGUCUACAGGCUCUUAGAGGGGCAGCUUGAGAGAAAAGGAAUAGAUGGAAGGGAAUGCAUGAAAAAAAGUAUAUGCGAAGCAGCGAUGGCGCCUUUAAAGGACGAAGGACUCGUGGGAGAAUUACUGCAUCUCUUGCUCACGCCUCAACAAGGAAAUAAUUCAUCCUUAAAUUCCGAAUACUUGGAAGCGUUAGAAUUUGGACAAAAAAAUUAUGAUUGUGCGUUAAUCUAUGAAUCGUGUUUGUCUGGUCAAGGAAUUCUAGAUCAAAUCUCAAAAGUGAUCUCAUAAAAAAUUGUAUUAUAUAAUUUCCACUAACAAAACUUGACACAGAAACUACUACAUGGUAGUGAAUAAAGAGCAAUCAAAAAUUAAAAAUUGAAAUAAAUCGAGUGCAAAGAAUACUAGCUGCAAAUAUUCUGAUAUUUACUAUAAUAAAGUUGUAGUGUAAUAAUUUGAUUUUUUUUUUUUUAUG